AUGGAGCCAAACCAAACCAAACCAAACCGCGAAAAACCGAUUUGGUUCAGUUCGUACGAUCCGGUCUGGUUUUUCGGUUUACCGAAUUUUUUGACGUUUUUCUCCUUCUACCUUUUCCACCCAACUCCUGGUGGCGAUGGGGGUGGCACUAGUGGUGGAGAUGGCGGCAAUAAUGGUGGAGAUGGCGGUGGUAGUGUAGUGCUGGAAGGUGGCGAAGUGGUGGAAGGGACGAUGGUGGUGGUAGUGGAAGGUAGUGGAGGUGGGGUGGUGGAAGUUGGUGGCGGUGGAGGUGGCAGCAGCGAUAGUGGUGGAGGUGACGAUAGUGGUGGUGGCGGAAGGCAGUAG